AUGACGGAUUUGAGGACUCAGCUGUGUGACACACCCGAGAAUUACAUCAACGAUCCUAUCGUCGAAAUCCAAUGGGCUGAGAAGGCCUUCAAAAAGGCCGAGAUUCAUACGAAUCUUCUCUUAUCAUCUGACACCAAGCAUCUGAAACUUUGCAAGGAACAGGAUCAGAUUUACGAGCAGUUUAGGAAGGAUUUCCCCAAUCUUGAUGUGAAGGCUGUAAGAUUUAUCGAGUUUUGUCUGUAUUUAUAUUAUUUUAGGUAACUGUCGAAGAUCUGAAAGGCGACCAUACCGUCAAGUGGCGAGAGUUUUGCAUGGUUUUUCAGGAAGUAAAGGACUACAAUUUUGGGUCAUUGUUGAGAUUGCGAGCCGAUGAGAGCUACACGAAUGAAAACACUGUGCUUGUUCCUCAGGUAAGAACUUCUUCGAUGUGUAAUUUUUUAUGGAAACUAAGUGACUCGAAGUGGAGAUAACGAAAAUGGUUUCAGGUUAUAUUCUUUGCUGUCGAGAUUGCUAGAAACUUGGAGGGGAUCAAUGAAACGUACAAGGAACAGGUCAGGAUACAUCGUGAAGAAUCUCUAAAAUCGAACCCCGAAGCUGUUUAA